UAACUAUAUUCUUUCGUUGAUCACUAAAGUCCCAUACAAAUUAAUGCGUGAAGCACGUUAUGACUUUCUGUUGCAAAUAUUUCACGCUUUAUAAACAAAAAAAUUGGCAUUUGAGUGUGUGCGACGCGACUUAAAAAGUGUCUGUAUAUACACAAAUAAUUGCAAACAAAUAUUACAUGUCGCUAGGUUGGUAUUUUGAUGCCAGCAAACUUAAAGUAUCUUAGCAUUUCUUAUUAUUUUUACUCAUUACCUUUGUAAUAAUUUACACUCGUCAACUGACUGCAACAGCAGUAGCACAUACAGAGCGCCAUUAGUUGACGGUAUAAAACUUUCGCUGCAUUCAAGCAUAGCUAUAACUAUUUACAUAAUAUGCACAAGUUAUUUGUCUCCGCAUUUCAUUACUGAAGUAAACAAAAGAAAAAGAUUCGUUUAAGGCGAUAAAAACCUUACACGCACAUGAAUAACUUGACCUCUUUAAGGUCAUAUGUACUUGAGGAAUUUAAAAGCAGUUUACUCAUUGAAAUGCAUAGAUAUAAAAAAACAUAAAAAAGCGCACAGAAGCUAAGAAAGAUUUGUACAUGUAGCCUAACAAAUAACCAAUUAUAUUAUUUUUUAGAAAUAUAUGUAGGUCGUACAGAUUUUUACCUAAAUUAAAGUACAAAUUACGAAACGAAAUCCGUUAUACAACAUUGCAAACUCGAAUUCCUGACAAUGACGACACAACUGGAUACCGCUAAAACAAAUACUAUUUCACCAACAGGCGGUGGCGAUACUGGAGCUGAAUCGUCUACUUUAUCUAUUGACAAUCCGCGCUCAUCGCCAGAUUUUAAAAAAUACAUUAAGGAAAAAUGGAAAAUAAACAGCGCAUCGGAGCAAUUGAGCCAAAUAAUAUCCGGUGGCUUAGCUGCGGCUAUCACACGUACCUUCUGCCAACCGUUGGACGUGCUAAAAAUACGCUUCCAAUUGCAAGUGGAACCACUGAAGGAGCACAUCAACCAACAAUCAAAAUACACAAGCAUAGCUCAAGCUAUACGCACAAUUUACCGCGAAGAAGGUGUACUCGCCUUCUGGAAAGGUCACAAUCCAGGCCAAGUUCUUAGCAUAAUUUAUGGUAUAUCGCAGUUUUGGACAUAUGAACAAUUGAGUAUGGUGGCUAAGCAAACAACUUAUCUCAAGGAUCAUACCAACACAUCGAACUUUAUCUGUGGAGCCACGGCUGGUGCUACGGCUGUUAUACUAUCAACGCCUAUGGAUGUAAUACGUACACGUCUUAUUGCGCAGGACAAGAGCAAAGGAUAUAAAAAUGCAACACGCGCCGUAUCAACAAUAGUACGUACGGAGGGUAUAUGUGGAAUUUAUCGCGGUUUAAAUACAGCACUAUUGCAAAUUGCACCAUUAAUGGGUGCCAACUUUAUGCUUUAUCGAAUUUUCAGUAAAUCAGCUAUGCAAUUCUAUAAUGUGGAAAACCGAAGCGAACUGCCCACAUGGGUGCUGCUUGGUUUGGGCGGAUCAUCGGGCAUGCUCUCCAAAUCACUCGUUUAUCCCUUUGACUUAUUGAAAAAGAGACUGCACAUACAGGGUUUUGAAUCGAAUCGUCAAACAUUCGGUGAAAAUAUACGUGCUACUGGCAUUUUCAGUUGUUUGCGGAAGACUAUACAACAAGAGGGUCCAACAGGUUUGUACAAAGGAAUGGCUCCCACCUUACUGAAAUCUACAGUGACGACAGCGUUAUAUUUCGCCAUUUACGAUAAACUCAGGCAAAUACGUUGGUUUUCUUAACUACACAUGCAGAGGUUUAAGUUUAAAGCUUAAUAAUCUUUAUUUCUUUAUCUCGCUUUAAGCGUCUGAGAAUAAUGUUAAAAAUAUUAUUUAACUUAAAAAUUUUGUUAUGAGUCGGACUUUUAUUAUUUUUAAGAUAUUUUAUUGUGUGUAAAGUCAACAAUACCAUAUUUUUAAAAAAGAACGAACUUUCCAUUUUGUAUAGUACUUUAUAAGAAAGUAAAAAAAUAACACAAAUAGUUAAAAUGCAACGUACAUAAAUCCUUUAUCGAUCAUAUGGUGUAAAAUUCAAACUGAAAACCAGAACAGCCUUAAUUUUUUAAUGCAAAAAAUUGUCGUAAUAAAUAAAGCAUAGCGUAAACUGAAAAUGAAAUUAAA